UCCGGCAACAAGGUGAGCCGGCAGUCCGUGCUGUGCGGCAGCCAGAACAUCGUCCUCAACGGCAAGACGAUAGUUAUGAACGACUGCAUCAUCCGUGGGGACCUGGCCAACGUGCGGGUGGGACGGCACUGCGUGGUCAAGAGCCGCAGCGUCAUCAGGCCGCCCUUCAAGAAGUUCAGUAAAGGGGUGGCUUUCUUCCCUCUCCACAUUGGUGACCAUGUGUUCAUAGAAGAGGACUGUGUUGUCAACGCGGCCCAGAUCGGCUCCUACGUGCACAUAGGCAAGAACUGUGUCAUUGGUCGUAGAUGUGUUUUGAAAGACUGCUGCAAGAUCUUGGACAACACAGUACUCCCUCCUGAAACUGUAGUCCCACCUUUCACUGUUUUCUCAGGCUGCCCAGGACUCUUCUCUGGGGAGCUCCCGGAAUGCACCCAGGAACUCAUGAUUGACGUUACCAAGAGCUAUUACCAGAAGUUCUUGCCACUCACUCAGGUCUAGUAGCCUAUUUCCCAUGUUUCAGGCACACAGGAACAUUCUGGGGGUGGGGAGAGGGAUGUUGUCCACUGAGACUAGGGCCCGGCCCUCCACUCUCCUGAGCACUUGUGUGAGUGUCCCUCAACACCACCAGCCUGGCCAAGCAGUCCCUUGUGAAAGCUGCUGUGUCCUGUUCAAACUUUGUAUGCUCAUCCGAUGUACUCCAUUCCACGUUGUCUGAACUGUGCCACUGAAUGUUCUGGAGCUGGGAAAGCUGAUACACCUGCCUUAGGGCAGCAGCGGGGGAAUGAGGCAGAGCUGACAUGUGCUCUGCAGCCUCAGCCUGUCUGGUCAGUUCUGUCCUAGCCCAAAGCCUGGCCUUUAGGUUUGCUAGCCCAGCAGGGCUGGUUUGGGUGUGUUCCAGACACCUACCGAGGUUUGUUAGACCCAGGGCUUUCCUUUGGCAAAAUCCUUGCUGCUCCAUAGGCCUGUGGGCUGAGAUGGAUGGCCUCUUCCUUCUCUCCCUGGGAUUCUCUUCUGUAGGGACAUCGUUCAUCAUCCUGCUAUUGGCUUUAGGAAUUUUGGCUGACGUUGACACCUGUCUUUCUGUGCCUGACAGGAUGUUUCUUAGCUUUUAGCUCCUGAAGCAGACUGACAUCAGUCCUGUGCUCUCACCCCUCAGGGUUAGUGUUCUUGUGGCCAGUGUGUUCUACUUCUGAACAUCACAGACCUUAAAGAGCCAAAGGCCUUUGGGAUGAGGUUUGCCAUGUCACUCACAGAAUUCAGUGCAGCAGAAAGUGGGUAAUUAAAAGCAGAAACCAAUGGUGGAUGAGAGAAUGCUGCAGCUGUCCCCAUUUAUUACCCAGUGUCUAUAUUUGCAGAGAGCUCUUUGGUGCUUUUCUGCAUUAUGAAGCUUAGGAAUGAGACUCGGACUUCUUGAAAAGAGUGAACAUUUAAUUUUGGACAUGUAGUAGAGCAGGAAUAGUUCUUUCUGGGAGCAGCUCUGAAAGUUGGGAGGCAUCUGAUGCUUCUAUGUCUGACUGAGUACAGACAACUGGCUGCACAUGAGUCUGCCUGCUCUGGUUGUGCUCUACUAAAGCUUAGCAUCAUACUGCUGUAUGGUUUUGAACUGGGGCUCCUGCAUGUUGUAGUGUAGCAGCUGGGGCCAGGACAUUAGGUGUGUAGUAGGUGUGUGGUUGUGGAUGAGCAGCCCUGGAGCCCUCAGCUGAUCUGUGCAAUUCAAAUGCUGGUAAACCUUAAUAGUAAACAGCUGUACAAGUACUAAUGUGUGUAGUAGCUGCUGUUCAUCACAUGUAAAACCACUGACCGAUUUGUUUGUAUUUUUACUGUACAUAAAUUAAAGCCUCUCCAGUUACUCAAGUGACUCAAGGUCGUACCUCUUCAAAUCAAACUUGAGACUAGACUGAGGUUCCUGCUGUGCCUGGGCAUGAGCCACAGUCCCUUUUUCUGUGACUGUUACAGGCUGUUCUGGCUAUCAGAGUGUCAGUGCAUUAAAAAAGUGAAGUACAGAGUGAAA